CCGAUGCGCCGUCCCGAUCCAGACCCCGAGGCUUCGGUCCGCCGACGCAUGAACAGCCGAUGAACACGAUCACGAGUAGCUCCUCCCUGAGCAGGCAAGGCAGGCGGCGGAGGCGGGAAUCAUCUCAUCACGCUGAGGUCUCCUCCUCGCCGCCGCGGCGCCAAUAAAAGCGAGGAGCCCCCCGCAGUAGAAACCCGCCCGCCAUUCCCACCCCGUUCCCCAGUCCCCGUCCGGGCCGUACCCCCACCUCAAUCAAUUCCACCCCCCGCGGCGAGGCCCUCGCCGCGGGGCGCAACCAACCCAAAACCCUAGCUCCCCCGACAUCCACCUCCGCCGUCGACUCCGGGUCCUCGUCGCCGCGCGCUGCCCGGCCUCCCGCCCGUCCGCGCGCACCGCCGCGGCGAGCGCCCGCGGCUCCUUCCCCCAGCUCGCCGCUUGUCCCGGGGCGGGAACGUGCUCGCGGAUGCGCGCGGCCUGCUCGGGGACCUCGACGACAACCUGCUCGCGCGCCGCGGCUCCUCCAUGGACGGGCCCGAAGGCGUGAAGGGGAGAGAGGACGCGGCGCCGGGCCGCGAGGCCGGCGACCCCGAGGAGGCGGGGGACGGGUUCCAGCUCGUCUCGCAUGACAAGAAGAAGAAGAGGGCCAGCGGCCAGGAGGGUGGCGGGAGUGCUGGCUCCGGCGCCUUUCUCGGUGCGGGGUCGGUGCGGGCGUUGACCCAGGACAAGGGAGGCGCGCCCGCGCCGGGGACGAAGGCGAAGGUGCCCUUCCACGAUCCGACCAUCCCCCGGCCGCAGGAGGUGUACAAGAUCAUAGUGGAUAACUACAAACCGUUCGAGCAUGUCUGGCUAGAGCGCAGCGAGGACGGCACCCGGUGUGUUCACCCGCUGGAAAAACUGCCUGUUGAACAGUUUGUUGACAGAAAUGUUCCUGAGAGUGAACCAUUGAAGCCAGCUGAUUUAGAGGAUACACCAUUUACGCUGGUUGAGGAUCACAAAGGCUUGAUGGAAUUAGCUAAAAAGCUGAAGAGUGUAACUGAGUUUGCUGUGGAUUUGGAGCACAAUCAAUAUAGGUCAUUUCAAGGUUUGACCUGCUUGAUGCAGAUUUCAACCAGAACAGAAGACUUUAUUGUGGACACUCUUAAGCUUCGCAUAUACAUUGGUCUCUACUUGCAAGAACCUUUUAAAGAUCCAACCAAGAGAAAGGUAAUGCAUGGUGCGGAUCGUGAUAUAAUGUGGCUCCAACGGGAUUUCCACAUUUACAUAUGCAAUCUUUUUGACACAGGACAGGCUUCGAGGGUCUUACAGAUGGAGAGAAACAGCCUAGAAUACCUAUUGCUUCGCUUUUGUGGAGUGACAGCAAAGAAGGAAUAUCAAAAUGCAGACUGGAGGUCGAGGCCACUUCCUGAUGAAAUGAUCAAGUAUGCUAGAGAAGAUACACACUACCUGCUGUACAUAUACGACUUAAUGAAACAGAGACUACAAAGGGAGUCGACACCUGAAAAUGAUCUUCUUCUAGAGGUUCAUAAGCGCAGUAAUGAAAUUUGCUUACAGUUCUAUGAAAAGGAGCUGCUGACAGAUACAUCCUAUCUCCACAUAUAUGGGUUUGAAUGCUGCUUCCUCGGUUUAUCCACUCGUUCUAAAGUGCACAGAAGUAUAUUUUGUGUACCUAUCUGGUUAAUCGAAGUAUAUUAUUACAGGUUGCAGGAACACGAACUGAAUUCAAAACAGCUGGCUGUUGUUGCUGCUUUGCAUGGGUGGAGAGAUCGUUUAGCUCGUCAAGAAGAUGAGAGCACUGGCUAUGUAUUGCCAAAUAAGGCUUUAAUUGAGAUAGCAAAGCAGAUGCCUACAGAUACUGGGCAUUUAAAAAGAAUAGUAAAAUCGAAAUAUCCAUUUGUUGAGCGCAGUCUCGACGAAAUUGCUUACACUGUUUGGAAUGCGCUUGAAUAUUCUUAUGCAUUUGAAGGAAUAGCUGAGCAACUAAAGAAGGAACGGUCAGAACAGUUGGCACUGAAAAGUGUUCAGGCCAGUGAUGAAACAACUCUUUUGGAUGUUGACAGUGAUAAGAGUAAUAUUGGUACAGCUGAUCAGUCUUCUGUGGCUCCUUCAUCAACUGCAAAUGUCAGUGUUGCUUCUGGCAGUGGGGCUGGUUUUAUGAAUGAAACAGCCAUGAUCGACAGCAUCCACCUAGACGACAAUACUCGAACCACAUCAACUAAGAACUUCAAGACCUUGUCAGGCCUUACCAGACCAAUUAAUAAGGAUGUCCUGAGCAAUAAUAGAUAUCAGCAGGCUACUCAAGAACUGAAGAGACCCACUUUAGGAGCUUUAGGAAAUUCAGAACCUGGAAGACAGACAGAAAUUUUUGGAGGGUUUUCUAAGGAGCAGUUUCAGGGUGGGAGCAAUGUGGAGAACUUUAGAUCUUCUGUCCUUCCUUUCCAGCAGUUCUCUGAUGGGGUGAAACAUUCAGCUGCUAUUGGCCCCACGGAAUCAUUUUAUCCAAAUACUGGAAUGCACAGUGACAAUGUUUGGAUUCAAUCAACUCAGAUGAAUGAAGCGAUGCAGCUGAGCAACGCUACUUACUACCCACAGCUUCCAGGAUAUAGCACUGAAGUUGUAGGGAACCAUUAUGAACCUGAAGGCAUGCAGAUGUCCAGCUACCUGUCUGGUUUUGAGCCCACCUUUCAAUCAAUAAGCCAAAGUACAGGAACAGGACUACUUCCUGGUAGAAAUAAGGAAGGAAAUUUCCAGAAUCCGAUGAGACGGCAAUCUUACCCGCCUUCUAGUAACAGAUAUGAUAGACCAUACCAGUAGCUGCUCAGAUGUAUAACAGAAGUAAAGGAAAAUAUGGUCGCCCAGCAUUGAUCAUCCAUCCUUGUGCAGAAAUUGUCUGUAGAGAACAAAAACUUGGGCUGUUUUACUUAGCCCUCUGAAUGCCUCCCUGAAUUUUUGGCAUUCGACUAACUCAUAGGUGAGAAUCCCAACAUUGACGGUAGAUGCAGGUAUGAGAAGUGCCAUCUCAUUGGCUCAUGUAACGGGUUACCGGACAGACAAACAUGUGUUGUGGUUCACUUGUGAAUACUGGCAUUGCACAAAGUGGUAUACUGUAAAACUGGUAUAGUGUAGCACCUGAAUACAGAAGACUUUGGAAGAAACAGCUUUGUUCUGUCAUU